AGCAACGAGGGUCCCAUGUGACAGCAGAGCGGCUGCGCUUUGACUUUGAUACCAAGGGCCCUGUGACUGUGGAGCAACUGCAGCAAGUGGAGCAAGUGGUCCAGGAUGUGAUAAAACGAAAUGAGGUUGUGCAUAUGGCUGAGGUCCCCCUCACGCUGGCAAGAAGAGUUCAGGGACUCCGAACAGUGGAUGAGGGGUAUCCAGAUCCAGUGAGGAUAGUGUCCCUGGGGGUCCCUGUGGAGAGCGUGCUGACCCGUGACUCUGAGGCUGCCAUGCAGACCUCUGUGGAGCUCUGCUGUGGGACGCACCUUCUACAAACAGGAGCUGUGGAGGAUCUGGCCAUCAUCAGUGAGCGUCAGCUUGUUAAAGGGAUUAGCCGUGUCACUGCAGUGACAGGGGGACAAGCCAAACAGGCCCGGGAAGCAGGCCAGUGCCUGGCUAUGGAAGUGGACUCUGUCUCCCUACGAAUGAAGCAAAGAAGCAGCUCUAUUCCUGAGAUGCAGAGCCUCUCCAAAGAAGUGGGCCAGUUGACCGAAGUGGUGGCUAGCACUGCAAUACCCCAGUGGCAAAGAAAAGAACUACAGACCAUCCUCAAAGCGCUACAGCGAACAGCCAACACAGCCAUCAGGAAACUGGAGAUACAACAGGCUGAAAAGAAGGCACAAAGCCUGCUAGAAAAACAUUGGAAGCAACCUGUCAUCAUUGAUACUGUCCCAGCUGAUUCCCUCUCUAUCCUAAUGAAGGUAGUGAACCUGUUGUGUGAUAAGUCUCCUGGCACAUCAGUCCUGCUGCUCAGCCCUCAGGCUUCUGGUGAGGUGCUCUGUGCCUGUCAGGUGUCCAAGAAUUGCCUCCCCAUGUUCUCUGCUGCUGACUGGGCCGUGGCUGUCUGUACGCAGAUGGAGGGGAAGGCAGGAGGCUCUCCCAUCGUUGCUAAGGGCAGUGGAAAUGCCAAGGGCAUGCAAGGAGCCCUGACUACUGCGCUGGAGUUCGCUCAAA